UCGGUUUCGUUUGUGUGUGUGUGAGUGACUGGAACCGCCGCGUAGGUGUGCGCAGGUUGUGGGAGCGGGAGGGGCGUUGCUGUGCAGAUGAGUUGGGCGUAGGUUGAGUAGUGUGCGUUUGUAUGUAGCUAUGGCAGUUAACAAGUAUUUCGUAUUUGUUACUUAUAUAUCAUGGCUUUCAUCUGUUCACGCAGAUUAUUAUUAUGAAUGUAAUGAACCACUUUUGGAUAGUGCGGAUUUCAAAGCUACAUCUUCACUUCCGGAGCGUGGUCCACAAAACGCCAGAUUAAAUGGUGGUAAUGCAUGGACUGCUGCAAGUUCAGACUUUGAUCAGUUUUUGACAAUUGACCUGGGCAAAGUGAAGAACAUAACAGGAAUAGCAAUUCAAGGUCGGCCGCAUUCUUCAGAGUAUGUCAUGGAAUAUGGCAUACGUUAUGGAACAAACGGCCUUGAUUAUGCUAUCUAUAAAGAGCCUGGAGGCAAUGCUCGGGUGGUUCGGCAUGGACACCCAAAGAAAACACUUACAAUCAAAAGUUAAAAAUUGACCUUGGAGGCAGGAAGUUAAUUAAUGCUAUAGGCACUCAGGGACGUGCUAAUACGCAGGAGUAUGUUGUGGAAUAUAGUGUGGAAUACUCAGAUGAUGGAGAGGGAUGGCGAUCUUACCCAAGCUCUUCUACAGGGUUUAUUGAGAUGUUCAAAGGUAACACCAAUGGCAAUUCUGAAAGAAGAAAUCGAUUUGAUGUCCCCAUUAUUGCCCAGUGGAUACAGAUUAAUCCAACAAGGUGGCAUGAUCGGAUUUCACUUCGUGUUGAGUUGUAUGGGUGUGACUUUGAGUCGGAUACUUUAUACUUCAAUGGAACAGCAUUGGUGAGAUGGGAUCUUUUACGAGACCCUAUUUCUGCUUCUCGUGAAACUAUUCGAUUUAGGUUUAAAACAACUGUUGCUAAUGGAGUCCUAAUGUACAGUCGGGGAACACAAGGAGAUUAUUUUGCUUUACAGUUGCGGGAAAAUCGUAUGUUAUUGAAUGUAGAUCUGGGAGCUGGUCUCAUGACAAGUCUUUCAGUAGGAAGUCUGUUGGAUGACAAUUUGUGGCACGAUGUAGUUGUUUCUCGGCAUCACAGAGAUAUAGUAUUUUCAGUUGAUCGUGUCGUCAUUAAAGGACGAAUAAAAGGAGAAUUUUCUAGAUUAAAUCUCAAUAGAGAAUUUCUCAUCGGUGGUGUAUCAAAUAAACAAGAUGGCCUCGUGGUGACUCAAAAUUUUACUGGUUGUAUGGAAAAUAUUUAUUUUAAUUCUACAAAUGUUAUAAGAAAUAUCAAAGAAGUUGCACCCUAUUCUGCUUAUGAUUACAAUAAUCUUGUCUAUCAGAGAAUACAUGUUGUUUACACUUGUGAAGAACCCCCUAUUACUCCUGUGACUUUCCUUACGAAACAGUCUCAUGUAAGGUUGAAAGGGUAUGAAGGUGUUAAUACAAUGAAUGUUUCCUUUGCCUUUCGGACAUAUGAAGAGGAUGGAUUACUUGUUUAUCACAAGUUUCUUCAUGACGGUCAUGUAAAGUUAUAUCUUGAGGAUGGAAAGAUAAAAAUUGAGUUGGUGACUCCAGGUAAUCCAAAAACUUGGUUAGAUAAUUAUGAUGAUCUGUUUAAUGAUGGGAGGUGGCAUCGUGUAAUUAUGACAAUAAAAAAAAACAAGCUUAUUUUGGAUGUUGAUAAUCGACCAAUGGAAACGACUCGCCUUUUAUCAAUGACAACAGGAGCAAAGUAUCUAAUUGGAGGUGGUAUUGAUACAUCAGGGUUUAUUGGUUGUAUGCGGAUGAUAAGUGUCGAUGGAAAUUACAAACUUCCGGCUGACUGGACAGAAGAGGAGUAUUGCUGCAAAAAUGAGUUAGUUGUUGAUUCUUGUCAGAUGAUUGACAGAUGUAACCCUAAUCCUUGCAAACAUGAUGGCAUUUGCAAACAAAAUUCAAAUGAAUUCUUUUGCGAUUGUGCUAACACUGGUUAUUCAGGAGCAGUCUGUCAUACAUCUCUGAACCCUCUUUCUUGCCUGGCUUACAAGAAUACAAAUGCUGUAAAUCAGCAAGCAGAAGUGAAAAUUGAUGUGGAUGGCAGUGGUCCUUUGCGACCAUUUCCAGUUACAUGCAGGUUUUAUGCGGAUGGUAGUGUCAUCACUGAAGUUGCUCAUUCAAAUACUGAAGUGACUCCUGUUGAUGGAUUUGACGCUCCAGGAAGUUUUCAACAGGAUAUUAUGUAUGAAGCAAGUAUGUCGCAAAUGGAAGCUCUCAUUAAUCGCUCCACUUCUUGCCAUCAGAGAUUGCAGUACCAGUGCCGACAGUCUCGACUGUUCAAUGCCAGAUCUGGAGUAGAAUUUCAACCAUAUUCAUGGUGGGUUUCAAGAAAUAAUCAAAAAAUGGAUUAUUGGGCUGGGGCACUUCCAGGAUCACAUAAGUGUCAGUGUGGAGUUUUGGGCACCUGUGUUGAUCCCACUAAAUGGUGCAAUUGUGAUGCAGGUUUUGAAAGUUGGCAAGAAGAUGGAGGUGAUAUCAAAGAAAAGGAAUUCCUUCCUGUGAAGCAAAUUCGCUUUGGUGACACUGGUAACCCUCUUGAUGAAAAGGAGGGUCGUUACAUUUUAGGACCUCUCAUGUGUGAAGGUGAUGAUCUCUUUAACAACGUGGUAACAUUUCGAAUUGAUGAUGCAUCAAUUGAUCUUCCAACAUUUGAUAUGGGCCACAGUGGUGAUAUUUACUUUGAGUUCAAAACUACUGUAGAAAAUGCAGUUAUAAUGCACAGCAAAGGACCUACAGACUACAUCAAAAUAUCGAUUAUAGGUGGUGACCAACUCCAGUUUCAGUAUCAAGCUGGCAGUGGCCCGUUAGGUGUGAGUGUAGAGACAUCAUACCGUCUUGCUGAUAAUAAUUGGCACUCUGUUUCUGUAGAGAGAAACAGGAAAGAAGCUCGUAUUGUUGUUGAUGGGUCUCAAAAGGCUGAAGUGCGAGAACCAGCAGGACCUGUGAGAGCUUUACAUCUUGACACAAAUCUUGUUGUGGGUGCCACUGUUGAUUAUCGAGAUGGGUAUGUUGGCUGCAUCAGAGCUCUGCUUUUGAAUGGAGAAUUAGUAGAUUUGGCUGGUCAUGCUAAGAGGGGAGUCUAUGGUGUAACACCUGGCUGUGUUGGAAAAUGUGAAAGCAACCCGUGUCUCAAUAAUGGUACUUGUCAUGAGCGUUACGAUGGUUAUAUGUGUGACUGCAGAUUCACAGCAUUUAAAGGACCUAUUUGUGCAGAUGAGAUUGGUGUCAAUAUGAGACCUAGUUCUGCAAUAAAAUAUGACUUCGCUGGAAGUUGGAGAUCAACUAUCAGUGAAAAAAUUCGUGUUGGUUUCACUACUACGAAUCCAAAAGGAUUUUUGUUAGGAUUCUUCUCCAACAUCUCGGGAGAGUAUUUAACCAUCAUGGUUUCCAACAGUGGCCACUACGUCGUUGUUUUUCUGAUUUGUGAUUUCGAACGGCAAAGAGUUGAUUUUAUCUCGGUAAACAUUUUGGUAUGGGACCAAUUAUCAUGAUAUAGGAUACAAGUCGCCAACAAGAAUCUGGAUCUGGACUGUUUGUUUUUCAGGUUGAUAAUAAUGAACACAAAGAGUAUAAAUUCAAUAUUAAACAGUCUGCUGAUGCUCAGUUUAACAACAUACAAUAUAUGUACAUAGGUAGAAAUGAAUCUAUGACUGAAGGGUUUGUAGGAUGUGUUUCAAGAGUUGAAUUUGAUGAUAUAUAUCCAUUGAAGCUGCUUUUCCAGGAAAAUGGACCAUCAAAUGUGCGCUUCAUUGGCUCACCCUUAACAGAAGAUUUCUGUGGAGUUGAACCUGUCACUCAUCCUCCCAACGUAGUUGAAACAAGACCACCUCCUGUUGUGGAUGAUGACAAAUUACGAUCAAUUUACAGGCGUACGGAUUCAGCCAUUUUGGGAGGUAAGCUGGAGAGAUUGAGCUGGAGGAUGGGAGGGGUCUUGGCCAUUAUCUUCCUAGCAUUGGUAAUAAUGGCAAUUUUAAUUGGGCGCUACCUUGCUCGACAUAAAGGAGAGUAUUUGACACAAGAAGAUCGGGGAGCAGAAAGUGCACUUGAUCCUGAUUCUGCUGUUGUACAUUCCACAACAGGACAUCAAGUUCAAAAAAGAAAGGAGUGGUUUAUCUGAUAUCAAAUAUCUGACAUACAGGUUAAAUUACACAUUAUUUGUAAUAGUCAGAUUUUCAAAAGUUUAUUUUAUUUUUUAGGCAGCAUUGUGUUGUGUGACACAGAUCUUGUGUUGUUUAGAUGAACUAUAAAUAUUCAGAUAAUUAUGUACAUAUUUUUUUUAUUAGUUGAUUAAUAGCCCAUGUCAGUUCAUCACUAGCAUUUCUUAAUUUGUAUCGUAUAAACUAUAGGCUGAAAUAUGCUUGCUGUUUAAUCUUCAGGCUGGUGAUGAUGACUGAAAUGUGCAGUAUUUGUUUUUAUUUGAGAGUUUGUACACACAAGCGUUUAGAGUAUGCUUGACAAUUAAGAACAUUAUUUAUGAAACUCUUUUCAGUACGACAGAAAGAGCUUGUAUUUACCUAGUGCAUUAAUACUGCCACCAAGCACGGUAGUGAGAUUACUUCCAGUGACGUAAGUUCACAUAUUCUGGUUCGAAUUAUGAGAUUUGAUACUCCUGAGAAGAGCUAUGCAUUUUUGGUGACAAAAGAUCUGUGAUUUUAUUUAAAGACAAUGCUAAUACUUCAUAAAAGAAGUUUUUUGCUAUAUUUCUGAUAAAUAUUGUUGAAUUGCAUGAAUUAAAGUGCAUAAAUUGUAGUUGAACUGAAAAUUGACCGGAAAUCAAAAUAAAAUGUUUUCAAUAGAAACUUGAUGAUUAAUAUUCAUCAGCAUUUUAAAGACUGACUUGAACUUUUACAUGUAAUGCAGCAUUUAUUGGUGUGAGGUUAGCCCAGUAGAUGAUGAAACAGUCAGUCUUGUGUAUUGCGUGUCUCUUCCUUCAGCAUGUAUCAGGUUCUUCCCUUUUCUAUGUCUAUCUUUUUAUUUGAAUGAUCCAUUUGUUUCUGAACUCUUGCAGAGUUCAAAUCCAAAAAAAGAAGAGAAAAUAUUAAGAAUGUGUUUCAAGUACAGUGCUGACUGAAAACAGCCAAUUUUUCUCUGUUCAUCUUGCAUUUAAGGCAAAAUACUCACACUAUAUUUUGAACAGUAUUAUGUCACAGAUGCAAUAAACGAUUUAUUAUUAAUAAGUUUAUUCACGAAUGAAGAAUGUUUUCCUUCCUAAGUUCCUGGGAGAUGUGUACAAAAUAACAGUAGGAAAAUAAAAUUACAGUGAAUGCAUGAAGGAAAUGUUUAUGAUUGUAAGUGAAAAUAUUAUAUAGGAAAGAUUAACCAAAUAAUUGCUCAGUAGCUAAUUAACUUUUUUAAUUUUAUAGUUACAAUUCUAAAGACAUUCUUAUUCUGUGGGCAUUACUCUUUUUAUGCUAAUGAAUGAUGAAUAAUGACUCGUAUUAGCAGGUCUCUCCUGCACAGGUUGUGAAGUCACCAAGAAUAUUCAGAUUUGAAAAAUGAAAUGACAAGGCAUUUGCUCUUUUUCCAUGUAUUACCAUUAUUUGACAAUUCCUUGUAAAACUAAAGAGAAUUGGAACUCAAUAGAAACAACAGACAAGAAGAAGAAAACUUUUUAAUAAAACUAUAAUUGAACCUCCUUGCCUUGCUCCAUUUACUAUUGUGCUAAUCCAGGAUGAUAUUGUAAAAAAUGUUUGUAUAUAUAUACCAGAAAAGCUGUAGAAAAUGUAGAAAAUAGUUAAAUAUAGGAUUUAUUUUGGGAAAUCAAACACUAAAGAGAUGUGCUUCAUAUGAAAUAAUGAGUAGAGACUGGAUGUAGGCACCAAAAUAGACCAGAAAAUCAUAUCCAUAAUUUUCCUAAAUAAUAUGUUAUAUGGCAUCAGAUCAUGGACAUAUGUUAACAAAGAACAUGCUACAAAAUUAAAGUGAACUUCAAAUGUGAUUUAAUGCAAUUAGGCCUACAUAUCCAAAAACCCACUUGGGCAAUAUUUAAUGGAAUUGGAUCUUAAAGGAACAGUAUGUUCUAAUCUUGACAGUGUGAUUAUGCUACAUUCUAUCAAUAUACAAUAGCAUUCUGCACUAAUUAAGGAAUUAUCUUUCAAGGCCCAAACCAACCAUGUACUUUUUUCACAUAUUAAGUCUGUCUUCCUUGAGACAAAACAGUUUUUAGAAAAAAAUGAAAUCCCCACAUGAACUGUCAUUUUUGCUGCAUUGUUCUUCCUCCAUGUUAAUGACUGACCAAUUAUCAGAAAUAACAGUUUCAGUAUCAGUUAAAAUUUUGCUCUUAUUAUUCGACUUGCUGUGUGUCUACUUGUCGUCUACUACACCCUGUGAAUUCUAUCAUUGCUGAAAAAAGAAACCUAUAUAAAGCAAUUAUUGGAAAGAUGUGUAUGAGGUAUUCAAGUGUUAUUUUACUUUUUGGUAUUUUUCUUAUUGAAAGAGAUUUGCAUCUACAGUUUUGUUAACUUCUUUACUUCAAAAACUGUGUAAAGAAUGAACUGAAUCUGACAUUUACUCAAAUCUUGAAUAAAGUCAGUAUGUAUGUUAAUUCUGUGCUAAUUUACCUCCAUUAAGUGCCUCAAAAUACAUUUUCAACAGUCGUGCAUACCUGCUUUCACCGAAAAAAAAAAUCCCAGAAUGGACUAUUUUCCAAAUAUGUGAUCACUGGAUAAUCUGGAAGCUUGCCUAUCAUGGAAGCGAGGAGGAAUAUUUAGUAUGACUAAAAAACAGUUAAAAAUUCUGAAUAAGGCGGAAAACAAAUAUUGUUCUAAAAUUAAAUAUUGAAUUGUAAAUGUGGUGACAUCGUUCCACGAGACGCUCAGAUCUGUGCUCAUCCAUUUUUCAGCUAUCUUUGUCCAAACAUUGUAUUUCCCAAGCUACUCAUCUAAAAGCCACUAUUUAUUUGUAAUAGCACUGACAUUCACAAGCCCGAGUGAAGGAAAGGGGGAGCGAGAAGAGCAACCCUUCACAGUUUCUGUAAUGCAUGCUUUAGGUCCAGUGGUUCUAAAUGUUUAUUGUUCAGUUCGAGAUGCAGAUGUUUUCUUAAUCAAGUUUUAUGAUUUCGGGUGGCAAAUCGAAAACAUUAACUCUUGGAAAAUUGAGAAAAUUAGUCUAACUGAUGAAUAUGCUUUUGUCAGGAAUUUGAUAAAUUUAAAUUAUGAAACCUCAGGAAUGAAGACAAAAAUGUGUGGUUAAAAGAGUUUUUAUAUCACAGUAUUCACAAGUACACAGGCAAAUGGCAGAAACCUAAAUCAUCAUAUGAAUUCAUCUGUUCCUGCAAAUAUUGAAGAAAGAAAUACCUCUUUUACUUUUUGUGGCGUUCUUUGUUUCGUUAGAUUUUGUGUUGCCUUUCUAUAUGUCACUUUUUUUUUGUCCCUCCCAGGACGUCUUAGUUUCUUUGAAAUUUAGUUUUGAGGUGAGAAACUACUCGUACAAGGUACUCCAUACUUGAAUGAUUGCAUUUUCUGAAUUGACAACUUUUAUUGCAAAGCUGAACAAGCCAGAAUAUGACAGAAGAAACUAGUACAAGAUGGAAGAAAACUGUUUUCUUCUGUCUUGUACAGGCUUUACUAUACUUACUUUCACUGUUUAUUGAUUAGAAAGUGUUUGUGGUACAUAUAUGGCAAAAUAUACUUAUGCUUAUUGCAAAGAAGACAUGGCCAAAUAAAACAACUGGGUUUUGCAAAAUAAAAGAAAUGUUGAGGCAACAUUAAUCAAUAUGACUGCCACCUCACAUAUUGAGGAUGAUUCCAAGAGUAUAUACUUGUAAGAUACCAUGAAUUAGUUUGGAACACAAUGUAUGCAACAAAAGUCUUCGGCAUACUCCUUUCAAAAUGCUGGACUUAGCUCGUGAAUAUUACCUUCUCCAUCAACAUUCCAUUCAUUUUCCAAAGACACUUUCAUAAAUUACUAUUUUAAUAAAAUGAAGGAGAUCUUUAAUCCAUCCAUUAAAAAUAAUAAAAAAAGAAAAUCUUAAAGAAACAUAAGUUGCCCUGUAAUGGCAACAGUUUGAAGCAUUAUCAAGGCAUGUUGCCUGUACCCAUUUGAUCAGUAAACAGUGGUUAUUCCUCCAGGUGUUCUUCAGAGAUCAAUUUCUUGUUUGGCCCUAUGGGCUUAUACUUUAAGUGGGUCUCUUUUCUGGUUCUUUUCCACCCUCUCCUAUAUUCUAUAUCUCAGCUUUUUUCUACUGUCCAUGUUUGUUAAUCUAAGUGUUGUGUUUCCUAUUAUGAGGUGUGGAUAUCUCACUUGAUUAGCAUCAGUCAGAGAUAUCUUUGAGCUGUAGAAUCCACACAAUCCAUUUUCUGAUCAAUACAGAAACAACAUGUUUUGUUAUGAUAUGAAUUCUCCAUUUAGUUUCCUUUUAUCAUGCUUCUUAAUUAUUUUAUCGGUUCUGCUUUGUUUUUGUUUUGCUUACUACGUUUUCUGUAAUCUGUAAAAUAAUGAUUCCUAAAUAAUUAAAUUUGACACUUGAUCUAUAAUGUUCUCAUCACUCAAGACUUUAAACUUCUCAUUUCUUUACCUUUAAAUGCCAUUGUCUUAAUCUUGAUGGUAGAGAUUUUCGUGUUGUAAGUCAUAUGCUAUUAUAUACAGUUAAUUUGUUGUGGUGUAAAGCCAUCUUUUGUUUCCAUUAUGGGUGCACAUCAGCAUUAUAGAAGAUGGUUUUGCACUUUUGUCUUUUGUUGAUUCCUUUUUUCACAAUUUUUUCUAUUGUUUCAUUACGUAAUUGGCAUGGUGGCUAAUAAUCUGUAAUAUUCACAUUAUUCAUUUUGGGAAUAAGGAAGAUUAGGAAAUGAAUAAAACAAGUGAGCAUUUUUAGGCAUUACUCAAGAAAAUAGGGAAAAUUACCUUCACAAUAAACACGAAUACCUUGACAAGAACAUACAUUAUCUUUAUGAUACCUAUGAUAAUGAAGUAUAUUUAGGCUCUUUACCUAACAUCCUGUCUCUACAAGUAAGGUUGGGAAAAUAGUCAUUCAAUUUGUAAAGUUUAUUCCUUUUUAAAUAUUGUGCUUUUAAUAAUCUUGUAUGUUGAAAAUGAAAUUUCACUCAUUCCUUCAAUAAAAAUAAAUAGAUCAAUUUUUACAUUUGUAUUUCAAAUCUGAUAUUUAAUAUUCCUUUGUGCAUCUGAAGUCAAUAAAGUUUUUAAAAU